AUGAUUCCGACGAAAAUGAUGUUUUAUUGUGUAAUAUUGCUAUUCCUCAGCUGGCCGCAAACGAGAUGCACAGAAAACACUAAUUUAAAAGAUGAAGAGGUCAUCGAUCAAUUCGCGACCGCCUCAGAGACCAUGGCACACGCUCUGAGGCAGCCGAAAAACUCGAAGGAUCUUCAGAAACAGCUCUCGAGUAUACCGUCGUCAAUGGGCGCAACGGUACAUUAUGAAAAUUCCAAUGGCUUCGUGCCUAUGAUACGGUCCGCUUCGUCGUCCGUUUCGUCACAGACCAAAAAACACCAGCAGCAGAGGUUUGAAGAGAGCAACGCAACGAAUGCCGUAAGUGCUCAAGAUAACCUCGAUGAGAGGGCGAGAAAGUUGGAAGAGGACUUAGCAUACUCCUCGGAAGCGAGGAUCUUCUUGAGUCUGCCUGGAUCAUUGACGAAUCGCAGGUCUUUCGAUUUCCAGGACGGGAAGCAGAAUGAGUUCGAGUUGCUGAAGGUGAACAACGACACUCCCGCGGUGGCUAAUUACCAGGAAUUUUACGAGAACGUGCACAGCACGGUGAGCACCAAGACCGACAGCGGGUCCAGGAAACCUUCUUUGAGGCGUCUGAAAAGCGAGAGGGAGAAGAGGCUCGAGGACCAGACACGCAAUUACGGUUGGCAGUCGCAACAGAACAACAACGAAGACAUCUAUGCUCAGUUCUACUCAUAUAAUGGCGCUCAGGAUGCGAAAAAAACUAUUUAUGGCCAGGAGAAAGUCGCUGAUAAUUAUCAGCAGCAGAAUACCGCGAACUACAACGGGCUGAGCGCGGCCAAGCAGAAUGCAGCGGCGAUCCCGUCCUCAUCAAGGACGAAUUACGAGGCCAACGAACUUGCACAUAGCGGAACUCAUGGCAAUGCAGCGGAAUCGCCGAAGGCGCGCCAUAGAUUCAUGAAGCCGGUCGUGGUCGCCGAGCCGAGCAACCACAAAGUAGACGUGAAGUUCAGCAGUCAGCUGCAAAACAGCGAGUCGGAUAAUGGCGAUAAAACUUUGACAAAUCUAAAAUCAUCUAGCUCGGAUGUAUUGAAUCACUACGAUCCCUAUAACAGUAACAACAGGCAACGUAGCUAUCAUCGCACGGAGGAUUCCAGAGAUUUCUCGGAGGAGAACGGAGAUUACUCCGAUUAUAUAGACCAGUCGAGAUUGAGAGUGCAGAAGAAUCGGAGACGUCCCGAUUACUCCAAGAAACUUCCCAAAGAACAUCGUGGCACGUUGAAUGAGAGCGCAGAGGAGAGUAAGUACACGUAUAAUUCUGCAAGACUGAAGUCUCAGCGAGCCAAAGUGAAGGCGAAUCCAUGGCUCAAUGAUCCCAACGUGAAUCAUCACGACGAGAGCGUCGAAGAUAUUCGACAUGACUCUAUCAGAAGUGGCAAUCUAAAAACGAAAACUGUUCAACAUGGAUCAAAGAAUACCAACAAGUGGAAUCAGAUCUCUCCGAAUCUCGAGAUCUCCCAUUCUAACGGAAUCGAGCUAGAUCAGCUGGAGAAGCCGAAAUACGUCGUGAAUUUCGUACCCGUGGGGAACUUCGACCACGCGACCGCGUUAGGUGGCAGUCAAGGCUUCGAUAUGUCAAACGCAAUGCUGCAGAAUGUCGCUACCGUCGCGCCGAUCGGUGCGUUCAGCACCACGACACCUCUCUUGAACACGCCCCAGUCUGUUCUUGCUCAGAAUUUCGCGAUAUCGAAGAACCUGGUUUCCACGCCAGUACCCGAUAUCAUCAUCGGCCAGCACACUCUCCAGAAUCCCGUACAGACGGUUCUGUUCUCUCAGCCGAACGGUCAAAACAAGAUCGCGGAUACUUUGAGAGCGACCUACGUUCCAAGCACUAUGACACCUGUAUUCGCCUUCACACCCGGCCUGACCCCGGCGCUACAGAGCGUGAGCGUUCAGGGCAACGUAACGCCGCGAACAACUUUCGCCGUGGUACCGCAGCCGACCAUUCAAACGUACCCGAGUUUUAUUCAGACGCCGCUGCAAGCGACUCAGGUCCAGGUGAAUACUCACGGACUGCAUGGUCAGAACAUGAUAAAUCAUAAUAACUUGCAGGUACAGAGCCUAUCAACAGUACCUACGCUGCUGUCCACUCAGACGAUGCCAGAGGGCAGAGCCAAUCUGGCGGAUUCACUAGGCAAGAAGAACGUGUAUCCCACUUCCGGCGGCAACUUCCUCGCUACCGCGAGUCUAUCUGUCGGCCAGAAUGCGCAGCUGAGUCCAAAUCAACAGAAUUUGCAGCAACUGUCAAAGGGGGGUAGACCCUUCUCCAAUUCCGUUGCGUUGCAGACCGUUGACAGUGCAACUAGUCAUUCGAACAAUUUGAAUACGCUUGGAGUUACAUCAGGGAACGCACAUCUUCCGAACGUAGGCACGAAAACUGUGGAGAUCGUGAAUCCAAAUCUUAAGUUAAAUUCUCUCACGAAUACUUAUCAGACGAUGUAUCCUGUUGUGACGACGCCCGUUCCGAUUUUCAGCACAAUCGCCUCGGCUCCGCAAACUGCAGUUAACCUGCAGAAUUACGUGAACUCUCUGACGGAGUCCGGGUCUAAGAUUAAGCAAGUAGAUCUUAGGCCAUCGCAGAACCAAGGACAGUCGGUGUUUAAUCCCAUCAAUUUUGUUCCUAACGUUGACAUCAUCAAAAAUCAAAACGCCCUUAACAAUAAGUUACGAGCGAACGAGCCUCUACAGUCAGAUUUGAAUCUGGUGCCCGCUAUGCCCGGCGGAAACUUCUUUAAACCGUUUACAUCGCAAACCGAAUUGAUGAUGAAACCGAAGCUCGCGUCCGACUUGCAGAAGUACGCCGAGGAGAUGUUCAAGGAAUCCCUGAAGACCAUGUACAACUCGCACAAGUGGAACAACGACAGAAGACCGGGAAGUAUUCCGAAUAACUUCGAAGCGAGCGACUUGGCUAAACUGAAGCACGAGUUGCAAAAAUUGACGAAUUCUUUAACGGAGUCAAAGUAUAAAGAUAUUGUUGAAGCACAGAGCGAGGAAAACGUGCACAUGACCGACGCGCCAAAGUAUUCGGGAGGUAAAAAGAAGUUGGAGCCGCUGCUGGCGGCCGUGGAACACCUACUGAGAACUCGCGGCAGCGCGGGACCGAUACAUAUUUAUCAUGGUGCCGUUAAAUCUAAUCGCAAACCUAAACUGGGAGAUUCGAAUUUUGCUGGAAGUUCUAACUAUGACCUAUAUGACAAUAGCCACUUGGACUUUCUCACGCCACCCAGGCCAAAUCGAUUCCACUCGAAAGUGCCUUUUUACGAUAAGCCGAUGAAGAAACGACCAGGAUUGAGAUACAAGAACGGCCCGAAGAAGCUAGUGAGAGUGCCAGCCAAUUCGCCGCUUAGAUCCGGUGGACUAGAAACAUCGGCUAGCAAUGUAGAGAUAUUUCUGGAUGGAACGCAUCCUCGUUACCGUAAGCCGCCUCGAAAUUUUGAUUUUGAAAACUACGACGAAUCCAGACAACGGUCGUCCUAUGAAUCGUAUCCGACGUUCUCCACGGCGACGCCGGAAGUCCUCGGAAAAAUCUUUAGGGAGGUUAAGAACAACAAGAACUACGACAUUAAUCAUCCCAGGAUGCAUAAUCUUCUCGGUUUGUUAAUGAAGAACAAACAAUUACCGAGCAGAGGCGCGCAGAAUUUUCGCAACAAUGAUCAGUUGAGGCAAUUCCUCAACGAGAGAGACAGACGUCGGCUGCAGCAGGAAUUUUACGCUGAAGCCUUCAGGGAUUACGUGGACAGGUCCGACAUCGAGACGCAGUCUGCUUCGGUUGCCAAAGAGAAUCUCUAUUCGGGGAACAGCACCGCAUAAAUUCGUAAUCAAAAGUACAAGCAAGAUGUCGAUCGCGCGAUGUGCGUUUCCCUGGAUCUACGAGUGAAAUCGUAAAUCCUCUCGCGAAAGAAAAAGGACUAGAAUUAAUUGAGUAGUAGACACGUUUAUCUUGUACGCGAUAACGGACGACUUCCCGUCCGCUUUACGCAUUAACAACUGCAGCGUCACGCUAGCAUCGAACCACUGCGCUGUUCGCACUGUAAGUUUAAUUAUAGUAAGUAACGUUUUCUACGGAAAUUGUAAAAUUAAUCGUUAGUAUUUUACGCGCUCGCACGGAAUGUUCGGUUCGAGGGGAAAAGAAAUUCAUCGAUCAUCAUUGUAAGACGCUGACAAGUAUUGUAUAUGUACAUAUUAAGUCAAACGAAAAAUACAUACGUCUUGUAAUUUCUACGGCGUUUGCCACGCCUGCAUCCUAUCCAUUUUCUUUUCUCAUUGAUUUUCUCUUUUCUCCUUCAUCUAGAUGGACUCUUUUUACAUCAAGGUAAAAUGCAGGAAGCUUUAUUAGAGCUAAGUAAUUGGUAACUAUUUUAAUUAAACAAAUAUAAUAUAUGCUAAUUAAUUUCAAUGCAUGUUUUUAUUAUUUAUUUCAAAUGUCUUUAAUUAACAAUCUGAAUAAUCUAUCUGGGUAAAGUAUAGUGAUAAACUAUGUGUCAAUACAUUUUUAAAAAAAUAAAAAUUUUUAAUCAGUUAAUAAAGUAAGGAAUAAAAUAAAUGCACUUAUUUUUAAUAUUUAUGCAAAAAGUUGUUUUAGAAAUUGUUGUUUUUAAUAAAAAUGCGAUGAGUAUAAAAUUUUUUACAUCAACAUUCUGAAGGCGAGGUGUUUUCAUGGUUGCAUUAAUAUUCAUAGGAGUUCUUUUCAAGCUUUCCAUGAUAAAAUCGGAUGAGGAUUUUAAUCUUUAUUAUAAAAGUAAACCAAUAAAAAUGUUUUAUCUAAAAGAAACUAUUUAUUUUACAAACUAAAAAAGAUUUAUUAUGAUCAAUAUUUAUAAUAUUUAGCACGAUAGCAAGAUUUAUUAUCGAUGUAAUUACCGGUUAAAAAUAUAAAAAUAUUUUAAAUAAUUCAAUAUUUGUAUAUAAAAUAAAUAUAUUUUUUCUGUUACAUAUAUGAUUAGCAGUCAAGAUUUAAAUUCUUAAAAUACUAAACGUUGCAUGAAAAGUGACUUAAAUAAUAUAAUACAAAA